AACUCUCAAGGCCUCUGACGCCCCCAGAUAUAUGCGGUCAGGACCACGCCUUUGCUAACCUAGAUCCUCUCUCCCAUAGUUUGCCAGAUCAAUACCCUAGUUUCUCCGAUGGCCCCGAGGAACUGUAGGAAGAUUUCGAAAAUCCGCUCGAUCGGAUUACUCAGCCUUUUCCUUCACAGGGGAAGGGCCGCGGACGCCGGAUUCGAAGUAAAGUUCCAGACAACACCCGCUCAAAUCAGCCGACAGAAGGAGCUUGAGGCUGUUGAUCGCGAGGCCCGUGCCGCCGUCGUGCCCCCACCCCCGGCUGCUUCCAUCAAAGGGGCCGCCAGAUGCGAAGAAAAAGGUAUGACGUCACCCGCUAAAGGUGGGAGUCUGCGCGCCGUAGGGUUGAUUCUCACGGCGGUGGUUGCCGUGGUCGUUUCUAUCUUGUUCCUGGUGCAGUUCCACGGACACCCUAUGUCCCAGGUGUGGGUCUUGUCGGUCAGUAUCUGCUUAUACGUCUUCCUCCUCCUUCGCAUCUUCCCGAGUCGGUGGUUCUACACUGACUUUCUCCGGCUCUCCUACGGCCCCUUGCUCGCCUGCUUUUCCGCCAGUCAUAUAGGCUCAGCCACUACCACCUUCGUCCUGCUCUUUAGCAUGGUAUAUGCUGCUGGAAACUUGGGCUACUCUCUGGCUGUGCACCAUCUGCCCAAGGGGGCCGAGCUGGCUAUCCACGAGGUGACUAGCCCCUCCUGCCAUAGCAAGGAUGUCAAAGAACUCAACCUCACUCUUCAUACUGGAGCACCCUUUGCGGUGCUACUCUGGACUUUGGUCAUGGUGUUGUUUAUCAGUUUAGGGAAAAUGACUGACGAGCUGGAUAUUCUUAUGUUCCUCUGUUAUUUUGGCUGGAUCCAUGUUGGCGUCUGGUUAGUCAUUCUCUCCGAGGUGCCCAUGAAUGGAUUUCCAUUUGAAGAGCUGAUCGAAUGGUUAAUGGUGACUCUUUUCCCAUGGAUGAUAUUAUCUCCUGGGAUCUCCCUUAUAUCCCAGAUCCUUGCGGUCGUGUGCCAUUUGCUAUUGAUGUUGGCUUUGGCUGCCUUCCUUUGGUACAAUCUUGCCAUUUACAUGCACUUCUUGGCGACUACUACACCAAGGACAACUUCUCAGGGGAAUAAAGAUACCCUGCACAAUAGGAUUCUGGAAGGCAAGAAGUCUGAUCCUAGACUUGGAGGAACAACAAGUGAAGCUGCAGCUACUCUGGGGAAUGAAGAUACCCUGCGCGGUGAGAGUCUGGAAGAAAAGAUUGGGCAGGUGAAGUCUGGCCCUAGACUUGGAACAACUUCAAGUGACGCUGCAGCUACUUUGGGCAAUGAAAAUCCCCAGUCACAUUGAAAUUCUGGAAGACACAACAGGCGGGUGGAGACGUGGAGUCUGUUUUCGGGACUUGGGAAACCACAAACCAAGCUGCAGCUAUUAAGCAACUCUAGUGCCUUCUAGUUAGACAUAGAAGGUAAAUCAAUGUAUUAUUUUCCUGUGAACCAAACUAUUGGAGCGUAAUAGUGCAAUCAAAAUUAAUACUGUAUGUUCUUUA